UUGUCACUAUUCACUACUUUUAUAUAUAUUUCAUAUUGUAUGGCAUAAAUAUUACUGCAAUAUAAGUAUCCAAUCAUCCAUUCCCUACUUUCCAUAGAUCCCCAUAGGGCCAAAUCAAAAGUCUUAAAUUUCUCUUAGUUUCCACUUAACAUGGCUACUGAAGUUGUCUUAAUUCGUGCCAGUUACUACAUAUAGCUGAGUUUCGUCUCUUAUUAUUGCUUUCAACACGAUAAAAUUUACAUAAAGUUCAGUUCAGUGUUAGCUUUUCUCGCUUGUAUGUUCCACUCAACGCCAGCAGGGAGCGAUAAUGCGCCCCUGCGCUGCUUUACUAACCUAAUCUAACUCAAGAAACAAGUGGGUUGUUUUGAUUUGCCGCAAUUUGAAGAUUAGUUCGAUGUUUUCGAGUUAACUUCUAAAUAAUGCCACUCCACGUUUACCUUAAAUUACAGAGCAAAAUAACUACGGAGUUGGAUCCAAGAAGACUGAGUGGGACAAAUGAAGAGAUGCGUGCAAGGCAAGCGCAGGGAUAAUGCUGUCGGGUCAUGUGGCAUAGAUGGCACGAUUUCUCUCCCUGAUCCGACCUCAACCGUACCUGCCUCUCUUUGGAAGGAGGAAAAUGUCACUCGACUUUGGGGCACGCGAGGUGUUUGCAGCUGCAGUGGAAGCCGUGCAGCCCGACAUCGUCGUCCGGCAGAGUUUGGUGCGACAAGGCGACAGCGUGGAGGUCGUCGGUGCCGAUCGCAAGUUCAAGAUGGAAAACAACGUGCACGUAGUUGGCUUCGGGAAGGCGGUGCUGGGCAUGGCUACGGAGGCGGAGAGGAUUGUGGGAGAACACUUGGUUGACGGAGUUAUCAGUGUGCCACAUGGCAUUCAGCAGACGUUGCGGGAGCAUGGAAAACACCACCUGCUGUUAAAAGAAAAUAGCCGAAUACGAGUCAUGGAGGGCGCCCAACACAACCUGCCUGACUCCGACUCGCAGAAGGCAGCAGAAAGUAUCGCUCGGCUUGCUAACACCUUAACGGCGAAAGACCUGCUUCUCGUGCUGAUUUCAGGUGGCGGCUCUGCAUUACUACCCGCACCCAUCGCGCCAAUAACCCUGCAAGAGAAACUGGACGUCACCCGCAAGCUGGCAGCUGCCGGAGCCACUAUUCAGGAGCUGAACACAGUGCGGCGCGCCUUAUCUGUCUUAAAGGGCGGAGGACUUGCUCGGUGUGCACACCCUGCUCAGGUGGUGGCGUUGAUACUAUCAGAUGUGAUUGGCGAUCCGCUGGACCUGAUAGCAAGCGGUGCCACAGUGCAGGGUCCGGUGUGUCGCCAAGAAGUCCAGGCUGUUCUCGAACACUAUGGCUUGAUGGACUCUGCUCCCGCCUCAGUGAAAGAUGUGCUCGGUAGACUUCGUCCACAACAAGAAGUCCAAACGGACGAGGCGAGCCAUGUUCUCAACGCUGUAAUCGGCUCCAACGGUGUCGCCCUCCAGCACGCGAGCCGCCGGGCCCUUGAGCUGGGUUUCCACCCGAUCGUGCUCUCGCCGGGAGUGUGCGGCGAUGUGAGGUCGGUAUCUCGUCUUUACGGCCUCUUGGCCCAAUUCGGUAAGGAAGCUUCAUCCGAGCUCACCGUCAAGAUGCUGAAGCUCGGGCCGGAGGUCGGGGUGGAGAGCAAGGACCUCCAUCGGGUGAUGCAGAGUUUGGAGCAGGGACGCGGCGUCACUUGCGUGUUGGCUGGGGGGGAGCCCACCGUGGAACUUACGGGGAAAGGCCGUGGCGGACGCAACCAGGAGCUUGCUAUGAGAGUAGGGCUGGAACUGAGGGGCUCACGACCCCCGCCGGACAGUCCAGUCUUCCUGAGCGGAGGAACCGACGGCCAGGACGGGCCAACCGAAGCGGCGGGGGCAGUCACUGACGCGAGCUUGUACGAAGACGCCCAAAAACAAAAGCUGGACACGCUCAGCUUCCUGAAGAACAAUGAUUCUUUUACUUUUUUUAAACGUCUCUCUGGUGGACGCAACUUACUUGUACCAGGCCUAACAUGCACCAAUGUCAUGGAUGUGCAUGUUCUUCUUAUUCCGCAAGGCGCAAAAUAACACCGAUUACAUAACUUAAUGAAUCCACUACAGUAAGCUCUAUUUGUGAGGUUUAGUCAUUUAAUUAUAUUACCCCUAAAAAUAAAAAGACUCAUGAAAAAAAAGGGUAAAGUUAAGUGGAUGUUUAUGGUUCUGAUUUGCAUCCAAAAAAUACCAAUAACAGUGGUGCUUUGAGCAAUGAGUGACUCGAUUUAAGAGGUUUUUGACAUAUGAACUGUCAUUGUAAUAUUUUUCUUUGACUCAAGAUGCAGGUGUAGAGAUCUCAUAACAAGCAGCCCUUUGACAAAUCAUUAAAAAAAAGUGUCUUUGAGCUGUUUAAAGCUACUCUUAAUUGAUAUUCACAGUCAAAUGAAACAAGUCAUUUGUGUUCUACAGUAAUCCAGACAUAAUAAAACCAGUAAUAAUAAUAAUGAUAUAUCAUGUAUGAAGAGCUAAAUAUUUCUGACAUGGUACUUUAAAUUUACAACAGAUUCUACACAAUUUUCUAGAAACAACCACAGUGAGUAAGUACUUCAUAAUGUUAAAUAAUCACAGAGACAGAGGUAAUAUAAAUUGUGUAUUUACAAUGGUGUUUUCCAGUCAACUGUACAGCUUAUAUAUAGAGUAAUGAUAAAUUCCUAUUAAUAAAGUCUGAGUUUUAACGUGAUUUCGUAGUCCCUGGAACUUUCUAGAACUCAUCUCCGAGCCGUCAAACUAAUCUCUAUGAG